GGUUGUCCUCGCACUACAGAAUGUCAUGGACAAGUGUUAUCAUCGCACUACAGAAUGAGGGUUAACCACGCACUACAGAAUGUCAUGGACAAGGGUUAUCCUUGUACUACAGAACGUCACGGACGAGGGUUGUCCUCGCACUACAGAUUGUCAUGGACAAGGGUUAUCCUCGCACUACAGAACGUCAUGGACGAGGGUUGUCCUCGCACUACAGAAUGUCAUGGACAAGUGUUAUCAUCGCACUACAGAAUGAGGGUUAACCACGCACUACAGAAUGUCAUGGACAAGGGUUAUCCUCGCACUACAGAACGUCACGGACGAGGGUUGUCCUCGUACUACAGGACUUCAUGGACAAGCCUUGCACUGCGGAAUAUUAUGGACUAAGGGUGCAUUUUCGUGAACUUCACAAUGUCAUGGACUGGAGCUGCUUGCACUACAGAACGUCGUGGACUACAGUUGUCCACGCACUACAAAACGUCAUGGACUACAGUUGUCCUCACACUACAGAACGUCAUGGACUACAGUUGUCCUCGCACUACAGAACGUCAUGGACUACAGUUGUCCUCGCACUACAGAACGUCAUGGACUACAGUUGUCCUCGCACUACGGAACGUCAUGGACUACAGUUGUCCUCACACUACAGAACGUCAUGGACUGCAGUUGUCCUCGCACUACAGAACGUCAUGGACUACAGUUGUCCUCGCACUACAGAACGUCAUGGAAUACAGUUGUCCUUCACUACGGAACGUCAUGGACUACAGUUGUCCUCGCACUACAGAACGUCAUGGACUACAGUUGUUCUCGCACUACAGAACGUUAUGGACUACAGUUGUCCUCACACUACAGAACGUCAUGGACUGCAGUUGUCCACGCACUACAGAACAUCAUGGACUACAGUUGUCCUCUCACUACAGAACGUCAUGGACUACAGUUGUCCUCGCACUACAGAACGUCAUGGAAUACAGUUGUCCUUCACUACGGAACGUCAUGGACUACAGUUGUCCUGACACUACACAACGUCAUGGACUACAGUUGUCCUCACACUACAGAACGUCAUGGACUACAGUUGUCCGCGCACUACAGAACGUCAUGGACUACAGUUGUCCUCGCACUACAGAACGUCAUGGACUACAGUUGUCCUCGCACUACGGAACGUCAUGGACUACAGUUGUCCUCACACUACACAACGUCAUGGACUACAGUUGUCCUCACACUACACAACGUCAUGGACUACAGUUGUCCUCGCACUACAGAACGUCAUGGACUGCAGUUGUCCACGCACUACAGAACGUCAUGGAUUACAGUUGUCCUCGCACUACAGAACGUCAUGGACUACAGUUGUCCUUGCACUACAGAACGUCAAUGGACAAGGGAAUGUACUAG